CAUGUUAGUGAGAUAUCCCUAAAAAUAUUAUGCUUUUCCCACUAGCACUGAAGCUUGGAAUUAAAGCAAGUCAGGCAGGAGAACAAAACACAGAUGUUAUCGGAAGAGUUGUUUGUAAAAAUAAGGAAGAAAUAAAGGAUGUUCAAGGAGUUCCAACCAAGUUCAUGGAACUUACUCUUGAAGAUACAAAUGAGAAGCAAGUUGGAUGUACUCUGUGGGGAAAACAUAUUGAAAGAGUGAAUGAAGUUCUACGGCAUGGUUCAGAACCUAUCAUUUUGAUAUUGCAAAUGGUAUUCCCAAGAAAAUAUUAGGGUUAGUGUUCUUUUUUAGAGUUGAAUGAAUUUGUUAAAUUGUU